AUGCUUCCCCCAUUUUUCACAUCUCAAACUGUGCCUGAGGAUGAUCACUCUCAAGCGGAACAGUCUACCAUCUUUUUAGAUAAUAAGGGUGGUAAAGGUGAUAUGUACAUAAUUGCAGGCUACGAAUGGAAUCGUAAAAUGUUUAAAGUCCACACAUCAAUUUUAAAGGAUCGAUGUGAAUAUUUUAAAAUGGCACUAUCCAAUAAAUGUAUUCGUAAAUAUUCUGAUGGGAUCAUGAUUUUUCACAAAGAAGAUAUUUCGCCGAAAAUCUUUAAAUUAAUUCUCGACUAUAUUUAUACUGGUGAGGUCUCAACGACAACUUGUGAAGAUGUUAAUAUUUUAGAGUUCAUCAUAGCUGCAGAUGAAAUGUUACUUCCACAACUAGUUUCCUAUUUAGAAACUCUCCUUAUUGACAAAUAUUUAAAGCGGUCUUCACCUGAAAUUGAGGGAUGGGUAUUUUGCUUAAUUACGAUAAAUAAGGAACCAUUUUUGACACGGUUUGAAGAACGCGCUAGAAUUACAGGCUUUGAACUUUUUAAGAAUAUCAUUCCUAGCAAUUUUAAUACUGAGAUAGAGCCAAAAGUAUAUAUAAAUGCAUUGCUUGAAGUACAUAAUAUGUACAAAAAUAUGAUUACUGAAUUUAGGGGCAAUAUGAGUUUUACCGCUUCCCUGAAUAAGGCGUUCCGAGAAAUUGUUAAUCGCAAUCAUGUUAGUGGAUCUUCAACAACUAUGACACCAGAAUUUUUGGCUCAAUUUUGUGAUUCUUUACUUAGAAAAAUAAACACUGAAGAUAAUGACCUUGAAAACGCUAUGACUAUAUAUGAAUAUAUAGAAGAUAAGGAUAUUUUUCAAAAAUUUUAUUCAAUGAUGUUGGCAAAGCGUUUGAUAAAUGGGACUUCAGUAUCAGAAAUUGCAGAAUAUAGUGUGAUUGCUAAAUUAAAGGAAACAACCAGUUUCGAAUAUACUUCAAAAUUAUAUCGAAUGUUUACUGACAUAAAAUCAAGCAAAGCCCUUACUGAUCAGUUUAAAAAGUGCAUAAGCUCAUUUUGUGCAUUUACUGUAUAUUCUUCAGUUGACUUUUCUUUUCUUGUUUUGAAUGCUGCAUCUUGGCCAAUUCAACCACUAAAAACGGGUUUUAUUAUGCCAGAAGAACUUGAAGAAAAUUUUCAACAAUUCAAAACAUUUUAUCAAAAUAAUCAUUCUGGACGUAAACUUAAUUUGCUAUUUCAUCUUUCAAAAGGUGAACUGAUAAAUAAUUAUUGUAAAAAAGCUUAUACAUUCGUGGCAUCAACAUAUCAAAUGGGCAUACUUUUACAAUACAACAAAAAUAUGUCAUAUACUUUUGAAGAGUUAAAGCAAAAAACAGAUUUAAAUGAAUAUGUUUUGGCAGAUCACUUAAAAGUCCUCAUCGAAACCAAAAUACUCAAGAUUUCUAAUGGUACUAAAGUCGGUGAUCCUUUAUCUUGCUAUGAAUUGAACAUGAAUUUCGAAAGCAAAAAAAAUCGUAUUCAAUUAAAUGUUCAAAUUAAAUCCGAACGAAAUAAUGAAACUCAAAGGACUGUCGAAGAUCGGAUGUUUUUAUUGCAGGCGGCCAUUCUUAGGGUUAUGAAACCUAGAAAAAAAAUAAGGAAUGUUGUUUUGGUUAACGAAGUGAUUGCCCAACUUUCUCAUCGCUUCAAACCUAAAAUACAUGAUAUUAAAAAAUGCAUGGAUAUUCUGACAGAAAAAGGUUAUAUUGAAACUCGUGACGGGAUGAUUUGUCGUAUUUAA